AUGAGCAGAAAAUAUCCUUACUCGGAAUGCGCCCAAGUUGGAAAUUACAGUCGGAAACGGCAAACUUCUCAAAGGGAACUGUUUUCUGAUCCAUCGAAUAAUGAUAGACCAUGGCUGAAAUCACUGAGCAGCGCUGAGUACAGACAUGCUAAACUAUCCAAUGGUUCCACGUUUCGUGUUUACACUCAUCCAGGCAAAUAUAUUGCGGUGAAUGCAAGUCGUGAAAUGCAGCAGGCAUGA